ACACUCGCUGCGUCAGUGUGGCUAGCACCGUGAUGUUGGCACGUCGUGUGCCCUCCCACAACAAAUAAACAUUCCAAUUUCGAAAAAAACACGCGUAAUAUUUGACAUUUAGUAAAAUUAAGGACCAAUCAGUGCAUUUAUAUUAGGAACCAUGUUUUUUUUACUGAUAUUAGCGUUAGUUGGGUCUAUUACCCUCUGUUUCUUGCUGAUAGAUUCCCUAUGGAGUGUGUUGGAGCUCAUAUCUUCGUAUUUGAUGCCUUAUUUCCUGCCCAGUGAGGUGCAGCCACUAUCCAAGAAGUUCGGACCUUGGGCCGUGGUAACCGGUGCGACAGAUGGUAUCGGGAAGCAGUACGCGCUGGAGCUGGCUCGGCGCGGCAUCAGCAUCGUCAUCAUCAGUCGGAACCCUGACAAGCUGAGAGCUGUGGCUUCUGAAAUAGAGCGAACGCACAACGUGAAGACUAAGGUGGUUGUGGCAGACUUCAGCAAGGGAGCUGAGGUGUACCCGUACAUUGAGGAGCAGCUCAAGGACAUACCUAUUGGUAUACUAGUCAACAAUGUAGGCGUAAACUACGACUACCCCAUGCCUAUAUGCGAGGCGUCUCCCACGAAGCUAUGGGAGCUGAUCAACGUGAACGUGGGCGGAGUGACGGCGAUGUGCCGGCUGGUGUUGCCCGGCAUGGUGCAGCGCGGCCGGGGGGCUGUCGUCAAUGUGUCGUCAGGAUCGGAGCUCCAGCCGCUGCCGCUGAUGACUGUUUAUGCUGCUACCAAGGCCUACGUCCGAAGCUUCACAUACGCAGUCCGUGAGGAGUAUGCUCCCAAGGGUAUCCACAUCCAGCACCUGGCGCCGCUGUUCGUGUCCACCAAGAUCAACGCCUUCUCCCAGCGGCUGAUGGACGGCAACCUCCUCGUGCCUGAUGCUGCCACGUACUCCAGAUAUGCUGUCUCCACACUGGGAAGGCAGCACAACACUACUGGUUAUUGGGUGCAUGGGAUACAGUACUUCGCCAUCAAAGUGGUACCAGUUUGGUUGAGGACGAAGUUGGGCAUGCAGAUGAACAUCCAGUUCCGCCACGAAUACCUUCGGAACGCCAAGAUCAAGGCCAACUGAGGAGCUCGCCAUACUACCAGACACCAGUCAAGUCACUAGCAGAGAGUCAGGGACCUCUCGCUAGUUGCACCAAUGUUAGGAAAUUAAAUGUAAAGCAUUCAUAGGCGUAGCCAGGGGGCUUGAGGGUUCAAACCCCUACCGAAAAAUGCGUACCUAGACAUUACAGAGCGUUAUUUUUCUAGUUAGCAUAGUACAUCUCCUGUUUGGCAAAGGUCUCUAUGACUACCUAUGAAUCUGUUUAUGUCAUAUUACAUAAAUUGUUUUUUUUCUCAUGAAUGAAGGAAGUUUUGUUCGUUUUACUUAGUUGAACCCCUCCCGAUACUAAAACCUGGCUACACCUAUGAAAGCAUUAGUAUAGAGAAAGUAACUGUAACAUAAAACGCUUUGUGUGACAUGUAUAGAAACGUAAGUAUGAGAAAUAUAGGUUAUCUUAUUUUUUAUAUAUCAUCAUAAAUAUUGUGAGACAAACUAAAUUAAUACAAUACUAUACAUUAACACAUUGAACGCCGUGGUGAUCACCGGUGACCGACGUUAGCGGAGGAUUUGUUUUCAACAGUUUUCUAUUGGCAGUCAAAGACUUAAUACUAUAAUAAAGACUUAAUAAAUAAGGGAUUUUAAACAAGUUGAGUACCGCCUUCGUGUCUAUCAAAUGUAUGGAAAAUAUAUUUUUUGUAAUAUAACUAUCGUGAGACAUAUUAAAUUAAUUAGGUUGUACGCAUUUUACUUGUAGGUGAAGCUGUUUUGUUCUCUUUUUUCUUGAUUUUGGGACCUGUGCAUAGCUUGAAACUAGUCGAGUUAUCUUAUCGAACAAUUACACGAGCAAAUCAUACAGUGUUAUUCAAAGAAAAAUAUUUUUUAUUCUUUUACAAAUUCAUUAAAAACACUGAAAAUCGAUCAAGCCUGUUAUGUUAUUUGAAAUAAAACCUUAUUUUUUGUGAUAUAGAAUUUAUUUUUCGUUAAAUCUUUUUAUGAUCAUUUCGGCUGAAGUUAAUUCGUUUUGAAAUCAACUUUAAGUACAUAAUAGCAGUAAGGUUGAUAUUUGUUUCAAUUGUAUUAUGUCUCUGUACAUUGGUAAUUUUUGUUGAGUUGUAGGGACAUACAUACAAAUAUUUGUUUGUGUGUGUAUAAAUAAAUAGAAUAAUAAAUGUGAUAUUGUUAAGUAAACUUUUAUAAAUGUAAAUAUAUAUUAAUACAUAAUUAA